GUGGGGCGCGGCGGGCGGCGUCUGCCAUGACUCGGGUGGCCGCUGCUGCUCUGUGGGGUCUCGUGGGGCUGCGGCCAGUUCAGCUUCCCGACUUGACCCGCGGAGGGGAUGCUGAAACCUCACGAAAGGGAGCGUCGUGAAAGGAAGAAGUGAAAUGUGGGAGGUUUGAAAACUAAGUCUUAGGGCGAUGGUAUAGUUUUGAAAAGUAUAUGACUUCCUGUUGAAUAUGAGCUGGCACCAUUGUCUGGGAUGCGAACCCUGAGGUCCCACAGUUCCAGGCAAGGAAGAUGCUCCAAACCAGUAGUUAUAGCCUGGUGCUCACCUUGCAGUUCUUACUGCUGUUUUAUGAUCUCUUUGUCAACUCCUUCUCUGAACUGUUGCGCACGGCCCCUGUCAUCCAGCUUGUACUGUUCAUUAUUCAGGAUAUUGCCAUCCUCUUCAACGUUAUCAUUAUCUUCCUCAUGUUCUUCAAUACUUUCGUCUUCCAGGCUGGCCUGGUUAAUCUCCUGUUCCACAAAUUUAAAGGAGCCAUUAUCCUCUCAGCAGCAUACCUUGCUUUGAGCAUAUUCUUCCACGUCUGGAUUAUGAACAUCCGCUGGAAAAACUCCAACUACUUUGUGUGGACAGAUGGACUGCAGACUCUCUUUGUGUUCCAAAGACUGGUGGCUGUGCUCUACUACUACUUUUAUAAGAGGACUGCAGUACACUUGGGAGACCCACGUUUCUACCAGGACUCUCUUUGGCUACGAAAAGAGUUUGCUCAAGUCCAUAGCUGAUUGAUGCUUCCUAGUUAUCUCAAGGAGAGGUCAGCCUGCUAUGAUGUCUCAGAAACCUUAUCAGUAUCUUACAGCAUAUCUCUACUCGUCACAAACCCCUAUAGUCCCAUUCUAAAUUUUGUACUUCAUCUCGUUCCUAAGUCCUAUGCACACCAGUGUUUUUGGCUCUUCUGUGGACUCCUUGCUUGCUGUUACAGAUUGCUCAGUUUCAAAGCACUCCACUUUCCUCCUUUCAGCUAUGCAAACUGCAGUCUCUGCAGCCUUACUGAGGAAUGAUCUGCAGUGCCAAAUGGUUUUGGCUGAGAACUCUCAACAUGAAGAAGCAAUGCUGCAGUUUCCUUCUGGGGACUGUUCCCUCAUCCUCCAUCCCCCUCCCUCUGACAAGAAGAUACCCAGCCUUCAUUAGAAUCACUGGCUGUUACCAUCCUAAGCAAAAUUACUUAUGAAAGGACUGUGCUGUAGCUUGAGACAAUUGACUUGGUAGAUUCCCCUUUUGUAUUGGUGUUUUUUAAAUAAUGAGAAAAUAAAUCAGCACUUUUCCAGAAAAAAA